AUGCCCAUUAUAAUGCAAUCAAUAUAUUCAAAACAAUCCGAAUUAUACAAUGUUUCAUCAUUUCAAACAACAUAUAUUUAUAAUCCACGGGAUUUUUUAUCAACAAUUUCAGCUCUUCUUGCACUACUGCCACUCGAAGUUGUUGUUGUUUAUCUAACUCUUAUUUAUUGCCGAAGAGAGGUUGAAGUAAUAUUAAUCUAUAUUGGACAGAUCAUUUGCCAGCUUUUGAAUGUUCAUCUUAAAGAAAAGAUUCAACAACCACGGCCGAAUCCAUUAAUAAAAGGCUAUGGAAUGCCAAGUAAUCAUGCACAAUUUACAUCAUAUUUUACAGGAUAUAUGAUAUUAUGGAUGUUUUUCAGAGCACGAUAUUUGCCAAAAAUAUACUACACUCGAAACACAAUUGUUCUUGCUUUUCUUUUAAUAUCUAUCUGUUUUAGCAGGGUAUAUUUUAAAUAUCAUACAAUAUGGCAAGUAAUAGUCGGCGUUUUAGUCGGAACAGCAUUCUCUACUAUAUGUGAAUUGGCUGCUUCAUUCAAAGCUAAAUGCAUAUUUUUACAUCAAAGACACGAUGAACGAGGAACACCAAUUAAUAGAAAAAGAAUGGCAGGAUUGGAAGCAAAAACAAGUAAUACAGCAGAAGAAAGUAAUGCCCGCACAGUCAUAAUAUUAAAUCGUCCACAUCAGUCAUAUCAAAAAUAG